AUGUCGUUGCCUGGUCUUGGCCUAGAAGAGCCAGAAGAGGUUCACACCGUCGAGGCCACCCAACACGACCUCGCAAAGGAGACGGAAUGGCGCUUCGAGGUGGCCGUGGGCAAGUAUGUCCAAGUCAAGCUGUUGACGGGCUCCGCUGAGCUGUUUGGGACUGAACUUGUGCUGGGGAACACAUACACUUUCACCGGCACAAAGGCUGCCAUCUACACUUGGAAUGGCUGCUCGUUCCAGGUCAGCGGCGAUGCCCUUCAAAGCGAGUAUGUCGCAGAGGAAACUCCGAUGAACGAGUACAUCAAUACUCACUUCAGUCUCGAGAACCUGCGGAGUCAGGCUCAGAGUACUGGGCGCGAAGGACCCCGAAUCUUGAUCUUGGGGCCUGAGGAUGCUGGCAAAACCUCUCUUGCAAAAAUUCUCACUGGUUAUGCUUCUCGUUCUGCACGAUCCCCAGUCGUGGUCAAUCUGGACGUCAAGGAAGGCGUUAUGAGCAUUCCCGGCACACUCACGGCCACUGUCUUCAAAACCCUGAUGGACGUUGAAGAAGGAUGGGGAACUGCGCCAAUGUCUGGCCCUAAUGGGGUCAUCCCCGUCAAGUUACCCCUCGUCUACUUUUUUGGAAGCUCGAAACCAGAGGAAAAGGAAGGCAAGGUCUACAAAGCUCAGAUCAAUCGGUUGGCUCUCGCAGUGGCGGGACGUCGAGCUCAAGACCCCGAAGCUAGAGAAAGUGGUAUCAUCAUCGAUACCCCGGGAAGUCUGACGACGAUGAAAUCUGGAAAUACUGUUGGCUAUGACAUUAUUCAGGACAUUGUUUCUGAAUUUGCCGUUUCAGCCAUCAUCUGUAUGGGAUCCGAGAGACUCUACAGUGACAUGGUCAAGAAAUUCGAUGGACAACCCAUCGCAUUCCGGCCCUCAUCAUCGACCACCACUGCCGCGCCUGCGACGCCCGAGACAAUCUCUGUCAUCAAACUUGCCAAAUCGGGCGGCUGCGUCGAUCGCGAUGAAGCAUUUAUGACCGCCUUCCGCGCGGCACAAAUCAAGACAUAUUUCUACGGCAACCCGCGCCUGAGCAACGGAAUUGCUCUCCAACCUCGCCAUCAACAAGUGGAUUUCUCUACGUUGACCGUCUGGCGCCGCAUCGGAACCACUCCUGACCCUUCAGCCAAUUUUGACGAGGGCGACGAAGACUCGUUCCUACCCGGUGGUGUGGACGAUGACGCUGAUGAUGUAUUCCCUUCUUCUACGUCAAAGGUGCCGCUGCCCCUAUCUCAGAUAUUUGAACGCGUGGUUAGCCCGAUCGCGGCGAUGCGAAGUUCCGUCCUCGCCGUUAUGAACUGCGACGGAGAAGCCGACCAAGAAGUUAUUCGCGACAGCACUGUGAUGGGAUUUCUCUAUGUCACAGACACCGAUGAGGUAAGAGGGCGAAUUAGUCUUUUGAGUCCUGUUGCAGGGCGCGUACCGAACCGGGCGAUUGUGUGGGCGGGUUGGCCAGAAAGUGUCAUCGGGUUGGAAAGGACCUGA